AUGCUGAGUGCUCUGGGAACAGGCUUUGACUGUUCUAGCAAGAGUGAGAUUCAGCUGGCCCUGUCCCUCGGAGUGACACCUGAUAAAAUCAUUUACGCACAUACAACCAAACCGCUGUCACACAUCAAAUAUGCCUGCACUCACGGAGUAAAUAUGAUGACUUUUGACAGCGAGGAUGAACUCCUAAAAAUUUCUCGUUGUCACGCCAAAGCCAAACUGGUGCUCCGCAUUGCAGUGGAUGAUUCAAAAUCCAUAGUAAGACUCAGUUCAAAGUUUGGAGCCAGACUGGAGACAGUUGAUAAGCUACUGGAACGUGCUGGAGAGCUGGGCUUAGAAGUCAUUGGGGUCAGCUUUCAUGUAGGCAGUGGGUGCAUCGGAAGUUUGGCAUUCAAGCAGGCCAUAGCAGAUGCCCGACAUGUCUUUGACAAAGCGAAUUUGCUGGGCUUCCAGAUGAGUCUUUUGGACAUUGGUGGAGGGUUCACUGGGAGAGACAACUUUCAAGUGAAAUUUGAAGAGUUUGCAGAAGUCAUUAAUGGAGCACUCGAUGAACAUUUCCCGCCUGACAGUGGGGUGCAGGUUAUUGCAGAACCAGGCCGAUACUACGUGGAAUCCGCGUUCACACUGGCGGCGAAUGUCAUUGCCAAAAAAGUUGUCAAGAAAGAUAAGGAUGAACAUAGCGAUGGUGAGGAUGGUGAUACAAUGAUGAUGUACUAUCUUAAUGAUGGAGUGUAUGGCUCCUUGAGUGGUCCUAUCAAGGAUCCUGCCCACGCUGAAAUUGAACCAUACCCUCACAGGGCUGUAGAGAGCAGUGAACAGAGAUACCGGUCUAUCAUGUGGGGUCCAACCUGUGACAUUAUUGACAAAGUAACUGACAACUACUGGAUUCCUGAGCUGCAAGUGGGGGACUGGCUUCUCUUCGACAAUAUGGGUGCUUACUCUGUUAGUGUAUGCUCUGACUUCAAUGGAUUUGAAAGAGCACACAUUUACCCUGUUGUGACAGCUGAGACGUGGCACACCUUAAACCUGACUCACAACUACAACAUUGUCUUUUAA